UUCAUUGUGAGGCUCCCAGGACGGUCGCUGAAGUAUGCUUUGGGUUCGGUGGCUCGUGUAUAGUGGCUGUGCGCAGUUCGGCGUAGCAGCCAGAGCGCCGCAGCCGAGAGAUUGUCGCAAUAGUCCCACCAGUCGGAAUUGCUGGAAAGAUGGAUUUGACAUUCUGACCGACUACACCGAUACCACACAGGUCCCACCGGGAAAGCUGGUUGAGUACAACCUCACUCUCAGCCAACAAGUCAUUGCGCCCGAUGGAUACGAAAAACUGGGAAUGGUGGUGAAUGGGCAGUUUCCCGGCCCUGCGAUCGAAGCAGAUUGGGGAGACACGCUUCGCGUCCGUGUGCACAACAACUUCACCCUGGACCACAACGGGACCGGGAUUCACUGGCAUGGAAUCCGGCAACUCGGCACUAAUUUUCAGGACGGUGUCCCCGGGGUCACGCAAUGUCCUAGCAAGCCAGGCGAAACGCAGGUCUACGAGUUCCGAAUCACGCAGUACGGAACCUCCUGGUAUCAUGGACACUUCAGUCUGCAGUACAGCAAUGGACUCUUCGGGCCGCUGAUCAUUCACGGACCAUCGAGCCUCAACUGGGAUGAGGACCUGGGGCCAUGGAUCCUCCAUGACUGGUACCACGACGACGUGUUCUCCUUACUCUGGGUCGGAGAGGCGCAUAAUUCGUCUCGUGGCGCGAUUCCAGACACUACCCUCUUGAAUGGACGGGGCACAUUCGACUGCAAUCCCCGCAACGACACGCGCUGCACCGGCACCGGAGGAGCCCCCUUCGAGGUGACGUUUACGCGGGGAGUGAAGUACAAGUUCACGCUGAUCAACACGGGGAAUCUGCUGGAAUACUCCUUCUGGAUUGAUGGGCACAACCUGACGAUCAUCGCGAUGGACUUCGUCCCCAUCGAACCCUAUGUCACGGACGUGGUGAACUUGUCGCUGGGCCAACGGUACGAGGUCGUGGUGGAAGCGAACGCGAACUUCACGCAUGGCUCCAAUUUCCGGAUCUACGCCCAGUACUGCGCCGAGGUCGACCUGCUGCCCACGACCGUGGGGAUUGUUCGCUACGACGCCGAGGACCGCCAGGAGCCCUGGACCCCGCCCACCAAACAAUAUCGGGAUCUGGGAUGCAGCGACCCCGAUCCGAGCCACCUCGUGCCAGUCGUGCGCCAGUCCGUCGGGCACGCGGUCAACCGCCUGGAGAUGAGCGACUAUCUGCGCACCGGACAGCAGGGCUGGCCCAACCCACAGGAUUUCGACGGCGGCCUCCAUAAAUGGGCGCUGGGGGACGUCCCCUUGUUCAUCAAUUGGUCAGACCCAAGCCUCCAGAAGCUCGCCCUGGAGCCGAACGCCAGCUUCCCCCCGGAGACGGUGCCCAUCGUCCUGGAUUACAACACCGGCGACUGGGUCCACUUCGUCAUCACCAACAAUUAUACCUGGGAGGAUAUCCAAUAUCCGCGGAACCUGACCCCUGUCAUGCACCCCAUGCAUCUGCACGGCCAUGACUUUGCCAUUCUGGCCCAGGGCUCGGGCGAGUUCGACCCGAGCAUUGUCCCGAACCUGGAGAAUCCCCCCCGCCGCGACGUCGUCAACGUCGACAUCGGCGGUUAUGCCUGGAUCGCCUUCCGGAUCGACAAUCCGGGGGCAUGGCUGUUCCAUUGCCACAUCGCCUUUCACGUGAGUAGUGGGCUCGGUCUGCAGUUUCUGGAGCAGCCCAGCAAGGUCAAGCCACUCUUGGAGGAUGCUGGGGCGCUGGAGGGGCUUCAGGAUCGAUGCCGCGCCUGGUCGAAGCAAUACGAAACCGUGAACGUCCCUGACAACAACACCAUAGAGGAUUCGGGGGUUUAAUUGAUUGAAGCCUGAUACUCAAAAAUACAAUCCUCUCUGCUAGACUCCACAGUCCAUUUUUUGGUCUCUAUGCACCAGAGGCUUUGGUUCAGAUAUCGUGAGAAUAAGAGGAAGAGGAAACUAAAUUGAGAAGCAAGUUAGAGAAUCAAGAGAGUUUCUGACAUAUCUGUUUGUCCAUACAGAUCUGUGUCUUUGUAGCUGUACUUCUAUUGUCC